UUUGGAUGUUUUUCCACAUGUCAGCAAAUGCAGACACAGUGAUUUAUUAUCGACGUGGUGCACAUUAGACAUGGUGCAUGUGUAACUGAAAGCUGACUGUAUUCAUUACACAAACUGAGAUCUUGACAUACCUGCCGGGUUGUGUGGCAUUUUCUCGCCGUUUGCACUUGUUUCACCUCUGCUUCCAAUAGCGGCAAAUAAACAAGUCUCUAAUGUGUCUGUUCGAAGAAUAGCUCCGCUGAUGUCUCCCAAAAGAGUGAGGCUAAACUUGGCAUGAUUGAUAGCUUUGUGAACAUCAAGUUCACGUCCUCACUUGUUCCACCUACGACCUCUUGCAUAGACUUAUGUACACAAGACUGGAGACGUACGUGUUCCGAUUUAAUAAAUCAUCCGAUUUAUAGGAAUGUUAGUAAGGAGAUUGUAGUGCUACUGUUAUAAAUGUAUUUCAUCUAAACGGUGUUGAAAAGAGGAGUUAUGAAUGAGUCAAUUAACAGAUUGUCCUAUCUGUGUGGGCGGAUCUAGGGCCGUUGGUUCGCGCGCAUAUGUUUUACGUCACAAGAAUGCGACAGUGUAAAAGUGUAAACAAGUCUGCAUCUUCCUCAGUGUGUCUUAACCUGUGGCGCGUUAAUGUUAAAGUUCUAUCAUCGUCAUUUUAUUUUCUUUUUCGAGUAUAUUUUCUACCACGAUUAUCCGAGCCUCUUAUUAGUCGCGCUGUCCUGUGUUAAUUGUUAGUUAUGACUGCAGUCCGCUAUUAAACCAGAACAAGAAAAAGUAAUUGUUUGCCGUUUAUAGCCAUUAUGGUGCUUUCCUUGCUGAGCCUGUGCGCCAAGGAGGUGGUGAGCGACCACAGCUCGUCGCCCCUGUGGCUCCGGUGGGUCCCCCGGGAGCUGUACGGACCGCUGCUGGAGGCAUCCUUCGCGGGGUGCAGACCCCUGGCUGUGAGCGAGUUGGUGCAUAAAUGGCCCGAACGCAGACUGCGCGUCGGCGGGCAGAGGAAACGAGGACAGCCGCCUCCGAGUCGCCUCUGCGUUCAAGCUCUUCUGCUUGCAGUUGUCAGAGGACUUUCCGAUCAAAGAUGCGCACUACGUGUUCUGGACUUGUGCGGGCUGCAAGUAGAAGAGGGUCCAAUGGUGGACUCCAUGGGGGGUUGGUCCCUGACUGUUGCGCUAUGCACUAUGAUUGUUCAGGCCAGUGCUGGGGCACACAGGAGAGAUGGGGAGAGGAAGAGGUUCUCUGCUCUCCACAGAGACAAGAACGUGAAAAGAGAGAGGGGACAACAGAAGAAGGCCAGGGAAGCAUGUGAUGAUAAUGAGGUGGUUAUGAGCUGCAUAGACGGGGGACCAUCCAGGGAGGUUCUGGAGGAAGACUACAUGGUGCAGGGCGUGAGGAGGAGGAUGGAGAUGGAGAGAACAUUGAUAGAUGAACCAAGCAGCAUAACGUACAGAGAGGAGAAUGACAUUUGUGUGCAACUGCAGGUCAGAGCAGAUAUUUUUGUCAAUGCUCGUUCUUGGGAACGUGUGUGCGUGGCCCUGAGUACCCCGGGACCCCUCAAGCUGCAGUGCAGGUACCUCAGAGUGGAGGAGAUUUCUGUGUCCAGCAUCAGGACUCUGCUAGACCUCCUUCCUCAUGAGGGUCUGCUGGGCAUCGAUGUGCGCUACAGCAACCUGGGUGUGACGGGCCUGGCUCAGCUUCUGCCUAUGCUUGCCGCCUUCCCCGAUUUGAAGUCCCUACGUCUGCACUACUGCAAUCUGGACCUGCGUCGGGACCAGCCAGGUCAACAGGAGGCACUCGGAGAUCUCUCUCAGGGUUUGGCACAACUGCAGCAAUUGCGACGUCUCAGCCUGACGGCGCUGCGCUUACCUGGUCAACUUCGUGUGCUGCUCAGUUCACUGCCGCAACCUCUGGAGGUGCUGGAGCUGCCCUAUCUGAGCCUGAGCCCAGCCGACCUGGCCUACCUGUCCUGCAGCCAUCACGCAUCCUCUAUACAGCAGCUGGACCUGAGUGAGAACCGUCUGGAUGUAAACACGCUGCCCUCUGUACGUCGCCUCCUUUCCCAGGCGUCGGGCACAUUGUGCCACCUCUCUCUGAGCGGCUGCGGCCUGAAUGACGACCUACUGGGCUUGCUUCUGCCUUCGCUGGGGUGCUGCUUGUCCCUCAAAAGCCUGGCUCUCGCUCUCAACCCGCUCUCCAUGGCUGGCCUGCAGGAAGCGGUGAGGACAGCGGCGAGGAUGCCUUCCCUGCGCCAGCUGCUGUACCCAAACCCCCUGGAGGACUACCAGCCGGGCCUUCCUGAGCGGCCCUCGAGUGCUCAGCUCCUGGACUGGCCUCUGGACGAGUCCACUGACAUCAGCAUCACCAGCAGCCGCCUCAACAAAGUGCUGCAAGACUGUGGACGUGCAGACAUUUUGCUGACCUGUGACCUCCUCAACUAUGACAAAGACUUGGUGGAUUAGAGCGUUGGCCAUGAACACUUCCAACAUCAUAUUUGUGUGCAAUGUAUUCAUACUUUUUCCACUCUAAAUCCAAAUUGUUUUUCACUUGUCACACAAUAAAAAGGCUGUAAUUAAACUCUC